CUGUCCCUAGGCUUUUCCGAGAGCGGGCGAGAGAGAUCGGUGAAGCCUGUCGGCUGCAGUAGCAGUACUACCCGAGAAAUCAAUUUAGAGCCGUCCGCUACCACAGGAAGAUCCAAUCAAAUACAAUGUAUAAGUAGGAGAAUACAAUAAAGGCAGGUGAAUCAUUUGCCAAGUCCCAAACAGUUGCCCUACUGGAAUCCAGCCGUGCGCUAUAUUUUGCUUAAAGGCAAGGCGCAUCGGUACUAUUCAUGUCAAAAUAUUGAAUUUCUAUCUGCAAUUUAACAAACCUAUCUUAUUUUCAUAUCUACUCGUCCUUUUGGUGUCGAACAUGGCAAAUGUAGCCAACGCGUACCGAAGCAAAUCGCUUGUUUAUCGUGCCGUAGAAGACAAUGAAGAGGACAAAGUAUUCCUACAUUCGCUCUUGCUCGAUCCACAAUCUUUCCACCAAAACAACUACGAUGAUUUACUCCGACCAAUCAAUCGAAAAACCUCCGAUUUGCAUCUCAAGUACAAAGAACCCACUCGUCUCAUCCAUGUGUUGAUCUGUCUUCCGGCCAACGAUGGAGAAAUCAGUGACCAAGACGAUGCUGGUUCUAGUGCCAAACAACCAGUGCCCAUUGGUUCCUUAAAUUUACACGGGGUCAAAGAGGGCCAACGCCACCACCGAACUCUUGACAUCGGAAUUCUGAUUGCUACCGAGUACCAAGGACGAGGAUAUGGAUCUGAAGCUAUCGAAUGGAUUCUCAAUUGGGGGUUUGAGGUUGCAGGCUUGCAUCGAAUCGGUUUGCAGAGUGCGUCUUUCAACACUGGGGCGAUAAAGCUUUGGAAAAAGUUGGGAUUCCAGCACGAUGGAAAUGAUCGCGAAGCUGUGUGGUUUAAUGGUGGCUGGCACGAUGAAGCUAGGUUCUCCAUGUUGGAGAGUGAGUGGCGCGCCAAAGUGAAGCUGGAGACUGCAGCAUGA